AUGAACCUGCGCGCCGUGUGCUCGCUGUGGCUGCCAGCGCUGGCGGCCGCCUUUGACCUCGCCUCGCUGCAGGACCUCCUGCCGGCGUGCUCGCUGGGCUGUCUGGCCAACGGCGCGAUGAGGAACCACUGCUCGCUGCUCGACCUGCGGUGCCAGUGCAGCAAGAUCGAGUCCAUCAUCAAGACGGCGGCCCCGUGCCUGGAACAGGUCGGCUGCGCGGUGCAGAACAUGAAGGCUGCCACUCAGGCCGUGCAGAACGCCUGCAUGACCAUGUCGGGAAGCGAUCAGAUGAAGCCGCCGGGUGGCGGUGGUGAUGGCGGCGGCGGCGGCAGCAGCAAUUUCCCGACGAGCGAAAACGAAAACAGUUCUCGGGCGGCGAAGCGCCAAGUUGGCUGGUGGGCGAUGGUGCUUGUCGCGGCCGUGGGCGUCUUGCCGUAG